GUAUAUAUAGAUCAUUGGGUGUGAACGAUGGGACAAAUUUCAGCACACAGUAUAGGGGACAAGGCGUGUUUCAUGUUGGAUUUAUAAAAUCGGUUGUCCGACAUAAAGUAAUUUUCAGUUGUUGUAGCCAAUAUUAUUCGGCUUUUAUGUUAGUGAUUGAACGCUGUGUCACUGUCACAAUACCGACGGUUCCAGCUGGGACAUCAAUCUUGUGCUCGAGGGCUCUCCAAAACAUAUUGGUCCAGGCGUACUGCUUAUUCCGGUGAUUAUUUCGAUCCAGUGCUCCCCCAGGCUGGCCCAGACCCACACCACGUUGAUGCUGGUGGGCUCUCACCUCCUCUUCGUCCUGCGCUCCCCCAUCCCUCCAUCCAGUGAUGGCGAUGAGUACCGACCCGGGCUGCAGAAGGGACGACCUCAGCCCUGACCCCGACCCAAUGACCCCUGACCGCAGUGACCUCACCGCCAUGAUGGCCACCGUGACUGUGACGACCACUGAGACGGGCGGCUCACCGGCCAAUGGAGUGAGGAUUGGGGCUCAGCAAGUAGGAGCUAAGAAGGGCCCUGCUCAGCGGCCACACCUCUCAGGGAGGAAGCUGUCGCUACAGGAGCGGGGCACGUACCCAUCUGGGAGGUCAGGAGGGGCUCACGUCUCCCCCCGUGUGGUACGCAGACCCACCGUGGAGUCCAAACGGGUCUCCAUCUCAGACGCCGAGAACUGUAUCCAGCUGAACCAGUACAAGCUGAAGAGUGAGAUCGGAAAGGGCUCCUACGGGGUGGUCAAACUGGCCUACAAUGAGGAUGACGACAAACACUAUGCCAUGAAGGUGGUGUCCAAGAAGAAGCUGAUGAAGCAGUAUGGAUUCCCACGUCGCCCCCCUCCUAGAGGACCCAAGGUGGCGGUCCAAGGAGAGCAGCCCAAAGUCCUAGGGCCCCUGGAGAGGGUCUACCAGGAGAUUGCCAUACUCAGGAAGCUGGACCAUCUCAACAUAGUCAAACUGGUGGAGGUGUUGGAUGAUCCUGCAGAGGACAACCUCCACAUGGUGUUUGAUUUGAUGCCAAAGGGUCCAGUGAUGGAGGUCCCCACAGACAGCCCCUUCACUGAGGAGCAAACACGCCUCUACUUCAGAGACAUUGUCCUGGGCAUUGAGUACUUGCACUACCAGAAGAUAGUCCACCGGGACAUCAAGCCUGCUAACGUGCUGCUGGGGGAUGACGGCCAUGUGAAGAUUGCUGACUUUGGGGUCAGUAACCAGUUUGAGGGCAACGAUGCCAUGCUCUCCUCUACGGCUGGGACUCCUGCUUUCAUGGCCCCAGAGACCCUGUCAGAUAUCCACCAGAGCUUCAGUGGAAAGGCAUUGGAUGUAUGGGCCAUGGGAGUAACUGUCUACUGCUUUGUGUUUGGGAAGUGUCCGUUCAUUGAUGAAUACAUCCUGGUUCUACACAAUAAGAUCAGGACUAAAUGUGUGGAGUUCCCAGAGUCGCCAGAGAUCAGUGAGGAGUUGAAGACUCUUAUCCUGAAAAUGUUGGACAAGAACCCUGACACCAGGAUCACCAUACCUGAGAUCAAGUUGGACCCGUGGGUGACCCAAGAUGGUUGUGACCCUCUGCCUCUAGAGGAGGAUCACUGCAGUGUGGUGGAGGUCACUGAAGAGGAGGUGCAGAACUCUGUCAAGUUUGUCCCCAGCCUGUCCACCGUGAUCCUGGUGAAGGCCAUGCUGCGCAAGAGAUCCUUCAGUAACCCCUAUGAGUGUCCCAGGAGUAGAGCGGAGAGGUCCAUGUCAGCACCUAGCAACCUGCUCAUAAAGGGCAGCAGUGGAGAGGGAAGUAGGGAGGGAGAGCUCGAAGACCUACAUGAAGAUGAACCCUUCUCCUGAAUCCCGUUCCUCCUCCUCUCCUCCAGUCAGCUCAGCUCAGCCCAGUUCUACACAGCCCUCUUAACCGCCAUCUUACGCUCCUACCUUCAGUGCUUCUGGACUGAAACGGUGCUUUUACUUGUGAGAAGUGGUUCAACUCAAGCAUGGCCUCCCCUUUAAAAAUGAUAUGCCCUUCCCCUUUAAAGCCCAAUCUGUACAUUGCCUCUCUCCCUUUAAAUCUAUGAUGCACUCCGCUCUUCUAAUCCUGUCCUUCCCUCCAUCCCUCCCUGAUCUCUCCUCACUCCAUCAUUGCGUGUAAUCACCCAAAGAAGCACAUAGAACCCAGACAACACUGUACCACUGCCAGGCGUACUCAAGACUACUGGAAAUUCCUACUGUAUGUCCGUCUGCCGUCUGCUGGCGUUAUGUUGCUGAGGAGAAGAGGAAUUUGGUCUGUUGUGUUUCGAUGUCACUUUACCUACACAAUGCAUGGUGAACGUUAUCGCCGUUCAGAGACUCUCUAGGAACCAUUCACAAUCAUGGACAAUAUUGGUGCCCUAAGAGCCAGCAUGACCAAGAGACUGGAGCAUGCAACUGACAUUAUUACGCCCCCUACUGUUUGAAACAAGACAUACCCACAGGGCUUUUAACCUCCUAUCAUAAUCAAUAGUUUGAAGGGGCAACCUACAGAUGCUUCAUACAUUUUUGGACUUAUAAAUUAAUGAAUGAGAUAUACCUAUGAUUCUUGAAGAAUAUAACUUAUAAAUGCCUCAUAAGCUUAGUUCAACUGUCAUACCCCAUCAGAACCAAAAGUGUGUUUUACUCCAAUGUUUGUAAACACACACUGUAUAGAAUCAAUAUAUGCUUGACACUAUAAUAUUUAUAUAUCGAAGGGUCAGUCCUUGCAUCCAUAGCUCUGUCUAUUAAUAUCAGAGUGGUUACAUUUCUCCAGGCCCAUCCUUCAGCUUUUUACCAAAACAGAGGGAAACCUUUUUGUUAUAUUGUCAUCUGUGGAUUGCCCCUUUAAUGCUGCAGCGUUGUACAUAGAUCAUAAAUGUGUCAGUGUAAUGUCAUUGUUGCCUAUCUCACCCGUACAUGCUAAGCUGUCAACAUAACCCUUCCACACGCUUCUCUUAAGUAAUAAUAAUAAUAAUAUAUUUUAUUUUAAGCACUUUACAAGACACCCAAAUUCACUUUACAUACACAAGAUAAUAAGCAGGAUUAAAAGCAAUAAAAUCAUACAUUAAAAUAAGUAAGUAUAUAAAACUACGCCAAACAUAAGGACAGACUAACAAGGGGAAAAACUAAACACUAACUAGGGAAGUGAACUUGUGAGGGAUCUCUAAGACAACAGAUCAUGUGAAGAGGUGUGUCUUUAGUGUAGACUUGAAUAUGUGUAUGGAUUGUGAGGUUUUGACAUGGAGA